UACAGAUGUUUCAAUGUGGUUAUGUUUUUUCUUGAAAUCUUGAUGUGUACUAAUUUAUAAUGGAAAGUCAAACAAGUGCUUGUAAUCCAGUGAGUGGAACAGAAGAAAUAGACUUAAAGCAAAAGGCUUACACGCAUUUAGCACAAGGAAAACGUCAUCUGUUGGUCAAAGAUUACUACGAAGCUGCAAAUUCUUUGGCUGACGCGUGUACGUAUUUCGAUACAUUGUAUGGAACAGGAGCCAAUGAAUGCGGGGAAGUUUAUUUUAACUAUGGAAAAGCCUUGCUAGAGUUAGGACGUUCAGAAAGUAAUGUGCUUGGGUUGGGUGACAACCCGGAUGGUAAAGACGAUGAAUCAGAAAAUAGUAGUGACGAAGAUGCUAACGAGAAUGGUGAGGACGAAACUCCAGAAAACGUCGGGGACGUUAAAUCUGAGAAAGUUGAUGAACCUGGAAAGGGCAGUGAACCUGAGAGUGUGAGUGAUGGAAAAGGCGAUACAGAAGCAGCGGACUCUACAAUGAAUGUUUCAGAGUCUCCAGAAGGAGAUGGAGAAAAGGAAGAUGAUGGCGACGAUAAUUUGAAACUAGCAUGGGAGGUACUUGAACUUGCCAAAACAAUUUUUGAAAGACAAUCAAAAACAGAGAAACACUUUGAAUUAAAGUUAGCAGAAGUAUAUUUCAAGUUAUGUGAAGUGGGUUUGGAGUCCGGAGUGUAUGACCAAGCAAUCGAGGACAUGAAGAUUUGUGUAGGAAUUCAGAAAGCUAACUUAAGUGAUGAUGACAGGAUUCUUGCAGAGUCUUUCUAUGAGCUAGGUAUUGCGUAUUCCCUCAAAAACGACUACGAUGAGGCUAUUUCUGAAUUUGAAAAUGCAAUUAAGGUUUUGGAGAAAAGGAUUGGCAGUUUACAGGAAAUGCUGAAAGUUGGAGUUCCGAAAGAAGUGAAAGAGUCAGACCCAUUUUAUUCUAUUGAAGGAGAAAUAAAAGAAUUGAACGAACUCAUUCCAGAAAUUCGAGACAAGAUCAGUGAUUUGCAAGAUGCUAAGAAAGAGACAGUGAACUACAUCCGUGAUCAACUCGUGAAAGAACAAAUUUUGUCGGGUGGUGAAACUGCUUGCAGUUCGUCUUCGGCCCCGGCGCCUCCACCAAAUGCUCUGUUGGACGUGAAGCCUGCAGCUGUGUUGGACACAAAGCCCGCAGCAGUGUCGGACAUCUCACACUUGGUACGUAAACGGCCUAAAUGAAGCUUUUGAAGUUGUCCGAGUGUUGGUCGAAGGCUGAAGAAAGUUGCUGAUCACUGGAACGGAACUGCCGCCACAUAGACUGUUGGUUGGUCGAGUGGAACAAACUACGUAUUUAUUUUGUAUCGUAUUUUUGUGUGAUUCAUAUUCGUAAUUCAUUUGUUACUAGACAUUUUAUACAUGGUAAUUUCGUGAUGAUUUGGAGAAAUUUACAAACUGUGCUCACUCAAUCUUUUUAAAUAAAUGGGUUUCAACAAAAGGAAAUAAUAAUAUACAAAGAUAUGUGUGUGUUCUCUAACUGCAUGUAUUGAGCCUUUUAAUAUUUAUGAUCAUUAAAAGCUCUACUCAUUAAUCACGAUGUGAGGUCAAUUAGGUAUUGAGUUGUUUUGCACCUGAGAUGGAAUGAUGCCAUAAUCGUGUGAUGAGGGUAAAAUAUGAUGAAAUAAAAUUUUUCUUAGCAUGGUA